AUGCAUCUGCGAACUCGCCGAACUGCCGUCCCGUCGGUGCUCAGUGACUUGCUAGCGUUCAAGUUCCCGUCAAAUGCCUACCGCUUUGUGCCACGCGAUCGCAUUACCGUCUGUCGCCCCACCACUCAUAAGCCUUCUGCCCUUUUGGGACACAUCAAGUUCCGAAGAUCGCCAGGCGAAACGCUACCUCGUCACGCCCUCACGUCUGCCUCGCCCGAUCCUUCGCUCGUCCGUCGCGUUGUUCAGGGUCUGAAGGGAGGGCUCGAGAAAACCGGGACGGGCGAUGCGCCUCUUCCGAGGUCUGUCAAGUUCUGCUUCGACAACUUCUGCACCAUUGGCCAGUCACCUUAAACGAAUGGGACGACUCGAACGUAACGUUCCAUCUACUGGAUCUCAUGGACAUCACCCAACACACUGUCUCUCGCCUAACAGAUCGCCCGGUCGCGAUACAUUACAUGCCUUCAUUUCAUAAAUACCUCGGUCAAGACGGGCUGCCUACUCUACACACUUCGGUGCUAGAUGGAGACGAAUUUGCAAACACAGUAGUCCUCGAGACUAACAACGUCGGCAAUCUCGAAAGUGCGCAUGAGUCUUAUCCUGGAUUACAGAUGCCGAAUCUCUGGUCUGAUUAUGGAUCAGGGACGCCGCUCGAUUUGCGCGUCUUCGACAGCAAUGGUCGAUCGGUGAUGCAUUCGAAGAGCAAGGGAAUCAGGCUAGCCAAGGUACAUCCAGUACCAUCGAUGUAACUUUGGAUAGAUUGAACACCUCUCACCGCUGUAACCGCUGACCGCCGUCUGCCCGGCCAGAUGGCUCUGCAGCUACAUCAACACAAAGCUCGAUUCGGCGUACACUUCGCACCUCCGUACUUCGUCCUUUGCGAACUCGGUGAGUAGGCGUUGGUCCAUUUUUAUGCUGACUGCGGAUCCCAUAUCUUGACAAAGAAUCAUCACUGACUGGCGUUGUUCGUUGGCAUUGCCCUCAUUGUCAGUCGUUGAGAAUGGUCGAACUCACUUGUUAACCAAUGAAGUUUGCUCAUCGGUUCUCUGGGCUCAGGAGGACCUUGCCCCUGUCGUGGCACCAAGACCCGAAAGCCUCUUCGCCAUCCUCGUCUCCCUGUUUUCGAGUGUUCAUGCAGACUACUCGAUUGAAGGUCCUCCCGAGAAGAUGAGAAUCGCGCUCAGGCAAACUACAGAUGAGCUCGAAAGCAUUCGGUUGACACCCUUGCUGUCACCUCCAAUCGAAACUCUCGAUAGCGCACUGGCGUGCCCUUUCCUCGUGCACGCGAAGGCUCUUGAGGUAACGCUACGUCACCUUCCGGGUACCGCGGUAAGUGUUUUUAAGUCCGAAGCUCACUCAUGACCGACACAUGCACUCAUGAGAUUCCCCUCACCCCACAAUGAGCAGAUCAUCUGUGACUCGGAGGCGAACAAGGACACGGGUAUGGUGGCAAUUGGUGUCGAGCUUGAUUGCGAGGGCGAUGUGAAUUACUCCUCGCUUCAAUCGUGUAUACAAGGUCAUUUCGCUGAUCGGGAGUCCCUUUGUUACUUACUGCAGUUCUUCUCCGUCAGCUUCGAUGAAGAAGGAGAAGCAAAUGUCUUGCCCUGGAUCACGACGCCCAUCGGGGAUCCCGCUCGUCUCGAUCGACUCGAUCUCCUCACAGAGAUUGGCAGGGGGCGAACUGCCACGACAUGGACGACUCGAUGGUCUGGCCGCCCGGACACCGAAGUUCCCAGAGCAUCGGCCGCCAGUGAUCCUCCCGCUCGACUUCAAGGUGAUCUCGUCGCCAAGGUUGUCUCGGCAGACUACUAUGCGCCUUCGAUCGCGCGAGAGUACUUCAUCUUUACGCAAGUUGUGCCGUCGCUCUCGACUGCCGCGCAAGCCUACUUCCCCAAGUUUCAUGGCCUCUAUCGAAGCGGUUCAGAUGGCCGUGCCUACGUCCUGUUACUGGAAGACGUGGGGAGCACCGUCACCCAGGAGCAGUGGGUGGGCGACACCGAAUUGAGGCGCAAGAUUGAGUGAGUGUGACAGGAGGCCUGGCUCCAUCUGGUGCCUCGACAUUUCAUAGUCGCUGACUUGACGCCAUGCUGGAUAAUCCUCCUAGUGAGGCGUACAAAGCACUCAGAAAGGAAGGCGUCUACCAUGGAGACGAGAGGGCUCAAAAUGUGGCUAUCCGUCCAGACGGUCGCAUUUGCAUCAUUGACUGGGGAGAAGCUCUCUUUGCUCGUCAAUUGUGA